UCAACGCUAUAGUGUUUGUAUACAUGAACACAAGCGUGGCGGAUUUUUAUUUGUAGUAAAAUAAGCAGUGGUUUAACAGUUCGACCUUCAUUCUGAUUCUGAUCUCAAUAUGGCAUCCGACACAGUUGCUGGUACAAAACUUCAUGUUGGCGAUUUUAUCGUCAUAGUUGGAUAUUUUGCAUUUGUUCUGUUUAUUGGGUUAUGGUCCUCCAGGAAGAACAGAGGCAGUGCAGGUGGCUAUUUUUUGGCUGGAAGAAAUAUGAAUUUCAUAUUGGUUGGAUCAUCAUUGUUUGCUAGUAAUAUAGGAAGUAUUCACUUUGUUGGCCUGGCAGGAUCCGGUGCUGCAUCAGGUAUCUCUGUUGGACUGUAUGAAAUAAAUGCCAUGUAUAUUUUGCUGAUACUGGGAUUCCUGUUUCUGCCAGUAUACAUUUCUUCAGGGGUGUUCACAAUGCCUGAGUACAUGAAGAUGAGAUUUGGUGGAAAGAGAAUUCAGAUUUAUCUUGCUAUCUUGUCAUUGUUUGUGUACAUCUUCACCAAAAUUUCAGCAGAUCUGUAUGCUGGGGCUAUAUUCAUUGAACAGUCUCUAAAGUGGGAUAUAUAUGCAUCUAUAACAUUGUUGUUAGCUAUUGCAGCCAUCUUCACUAUUGCAGGUGGUUUAACAGCAGUUAUCUGGACAGAUUUUGUUCAGGCAAUUCUAAUGAUUGUAGGAGCUAUAGCAUUGAUGAUUUUAGCCUUUGCCAAAGUUGGUGGAUUCAGUGGAAUGGUGGAAAAAUAUCCCAAUGCCAUUGCUAAUCAGACCAUACCAAACACAACAUGUGGAUAUCCUAGGAAGGACUAUAUGAACUUAUGGAGAGACAAUGAUGCAGACAUACCCUGGGCUGGAGUUAUAGGACUGUCAAUUAACUCUAUAUGGUAUUGGUGUUCAGAUCAGGUGAUUGUUCAGCGAACAUUAGCAGCAAAGAACUUUGAUCAUGCCAAAGGAGGAACACUAUUUUGUGGUUAUCUGAAGAUCCUACCCCUUUUCCUGCUCAUUUUCCCAGGAAUGAUUGCCAGAAUUCUAUAUCCAGAUACUGUAGGAUGUGCCACACCUGAGACUUGUAUGGAAGUUUGUGGUAGUAGGUCAGGAUGUAGCAAUAUUGCCUAUCCUUCACUAGUCAUAGAUUUGAUGCCACCAGGUGCAAGAGGCUUGAUGCUUGCUGUAAUGUUAGCUGCCCUGAUGUCCUCUCUUACUUCUAUAUUUAACAGUAGUUGUACUAUCUUUGCUAUGGAUAUCUGGUUACACAUUAGGAAGAAGGCAUCAGAGUUAGAGAUCAUGAUUAUCGGCAGGAUAUUUGUUGUUGUUUUAGUUGUAAUCAGUAUAGUCUGGAUCCCUGUUUUAAGAGCAUCAGAAGGAAGUGAAUUGUUUGUGUACAUACAAGAAGUAUCCAGUUUUAUGCAGCCUCCAAUAUGCUGUGUGUAUCUCCUGUCCAUUUUAUGGGAAAGAUUGAAUGAAUUGGGAGCAUUCUCUGGUUUGGUGUUAGGUAUGGUAGUUGGAUUGAUCCGGUUUAUUGUGGAAUAUUCCUACACUGUACCUGAUUGUGGUGAUCCAGGUCCAGAUCCUCGACCAGCCAUUGUAUCAAAGUUUCACUACUUGUAUUUCUCCAUCUUUGUUUUUUGCCUGACAGGCAUUACAGCUAUUGUUAUUAGUUUGUUGACAAAACCUAUUGACAAACGAUGUCUAGAACGUUUGACCUGGAAGACACGACACAGUAAACGACCUAGACUUGACAUUGAUAAGGUAAUGAAUGAUGCAUCAACACCAGAACUAGUAUCCUAUGUUGAAAAUGAUCAUAAUGGUACUGCUGAAAAGGAAAAGACCGAAAUGGAUGUUUUUAGAGAGAAAGAAGCUACAGGAAAGGAGGGAACAAAAGAGGAGAUAAUUGAUAACAGUAGUAUUGAUAUGAAAGAAAAAGAGGCAUUGAAUGAACAACAUGAUGUCAAUACAGUGGUGUUAGAGGAUAAACAUAAUGAAGUCGCAUACAAUGAACCUAUCAGUGUAUUCAAGAGAAUAGCAUAUUGGUUAUGUGGGAUGGAUGAAAGCAGCAGAAGAUCUUUAGCUAGUCAUGGUGUUGUGCGAGAAGAUAUGGUAUCAAUUAAAGAAAACAGGAAGUGGAAGAUUACAUCUAAUGUUUUAGCUGUGUUAUUAAUGGGUGUGGUUGUCUUUCAUUUUAUAUACUUUGCUUGAAUGUGCCAUAAGUAUUAACAAACAUUUUAGUUAUGAUUUUAUAUUAUAAUGUUUAAAUCUCUGGUAGUCUUGAUUCCAUAUUAUAAUGAUUAAAUCUAUAGUA